GCGACGGUUCUGUUUCCUCUGCGGCUCCGCGCCUCUCUCCGCUCGCCCCACAAUAUGAUUUCAUGCCGGUGAGAAUUUCAACAGGGUGCCAGUGUGUGUGUGUGAGUACACGGGGAUCUCUGCUGAUUCCCCCUCAUCGUCCAGUGAAGAGCACAUCAAGGAGCCAGAUUACAGGGAAUUUCCUUGAUGGACUAUUAGAAAACAGGAGCUCCGGGGUUUUCGGGAUUUUAACUCGCUCUCACUCCCAGAGCCGUGAUUCUCUUUUAUUUCUCUUGAUUCUGGGGAGGGGGACGUACAUGUGGACAUCAUGAAAGUUACCUCCGCUGUGAUGCUGCUCGCCGCCGUGUUUUGGAGCCAGGAGUGGAAGUCGGUGCUCUCGGAUUCAAUCAUCCACAUCGGUGCCAUCUUUGAUGAGUCAGCACGGAAAGAUGACGAGGUGUUCCGUCUUGCCGUGGCGGAUCUCAAUUUGAACAAUGAUAUCUUGCAGACGGAGAAGAUCACGGUUUCAGUGGAGUUUGUGGAUGGAAACAACCCCUUUCAGGCCGUACAAGAAGCAUGCGAGCUGAUGAACCGCGGUAUCCUGGCCUUGGUCAGCUCAAUCGGCUGCAUGUCAGCAGGCAGCCUUCAAUCUCUUGCCGAUGCCAUGCACAUCCCCCACCUCUUCAUCCAGCGCUCCCCAGCGGGGAGUCCCCGCUCCGCCUGCCCACCCACCAGUCGUGUCCCUGGAACCGAUGACUACACCCUAAUGGUCCGCCCACCUGUCUAUCUCAAUGAGGUCAUCAUGCAAGUGGUGUCUGAGUAUAGCUGGCAGAAGUUCAUCCUCUUCUAUGAUUCUGAUUUUGAUAUCCGUGGGAUCGAGGAUUUCCUGGACCGGACCUCUCAGCAGGGAAUGGACGUCUCCCUGCAGAAGGUGGAAUCUAAUAUCAACAUGAUGAUCACAAGCCUGUUCAGAACAAUGCGUGUGGAUGAGCUGCAUCGAUACAGGGAUACACUACGCAGAGCCGUGCUGUUCAUGAGCCCAGCCACUGCCAAGGCUUUUAUCACUGAGGUGGUGGAGACCAACCUGGUGGCUUUCGAUUGUCACUGGAUCCUGAUAAAUGAGGAGAUCUCCGACUACGACUUGCAGGAGUUGGUUAUGAAGUCAAUCGGUCGGCUGACGUUGAUUCGGCAGAUGUUCCCCGUGCCUCAGAACACAACUCAGCGCUGUGUCAAACACAACCACAGGAUCGACACUUCCCUCUGUGACCCCAAGAGCCCCAGGUCCCAGCAGCUGGAGAUCUCCAACCGCUACAUCUAUGACUCCGUUUUGCUGCUGGCCAACACCUUUCACAGAAAACUGGAGGAUAGGAAGUGGCACAGCAUGGCCAGUCUGAGCUGCAUCAGGAAGACCUCCAAACCUUGGCAGGGAGGCAAGAGCAUGCUGGAUACUAUCAAAAAGUUUGGUGUAAGCGGCCUCACAAGUUUCCUGGAGUUCACUGACAACGGCUCGAACCCCAACAUCUUCUUCGAAAUCCUGGGGACGAAUUAUGGAGAAGAACGGGGAAGAGGAGUCAGUAGGCUGGCAAUGUGGGACCCAGUUCACGGCUUGAACGGCACGCUGACCGACAGGAAAUUAGAAAACAACAUGAGAGGAGUGGUGCUACGCGUUGUCACCGUUUUGGAGGAGCCGUUUGUAAUGGUGUCUGAGAAUGUUCUGGGGAAACCCAAGAAGUACCAGGGCUACUCCAUCGACGUCCUGGACGCGCUGUCCAACUACCUGGGCUUCAAGUACGAGAUCUACGUCGCCCCGGACCACAAGUAUGGCAGCAUGCAGCCGGACGGUCAGUGGAACGGACUGAUGGGUGAAUUAGUCUCCAAGCGAGCCGAUGUGGGACUCUCUGCCCUCACCAUCACGCCUGAGCGAGAGAGCGUUGUGGACUUCACCACACGCUACAUGGAUUAUUCUGUGGGUGUUCUGCUGCGAAAGGCCGAGCGCACCGUGGACAUGUUCGCCUGCCUGGCUCCCUUCGACCUGUCACUGUGGGCGUGCAUCGCGGGCACCGUGCUCCUCGUUGGCAUCCUGGUGUACCUGCUCAACUGGCUCAACCCACCCCGGCUACCCAUGGGAUCUGUGUCUUCGACCACGCUGUACAACUCCAUGUGGUUUGUGUACGGCUCCUUUGUACAACAAGGUGGAGAGGUACCCUACACUACCCUGGCUACGAGGAUGAUGAUGGGCUUCUGGUGGAUGUUUGCUCUGAUCGUCAUCUCCUCGUACACGGCCAACCUUGCAGCUUUCCUCACCAUCACACGCAUCGAGAACUCAAUACAGUCUCUUCAGGAUUUAUCUAAGCAGACAGACCUGCCUUAUGGCACAGUGCUGGACUCUGCAGUCUAUGACCAGGUGCGCUCCAAAUCUAUGAACCCCUUUGAGAGAGAUCCCAUGUACUCCCAGAUGUGGCGGAUGAUCAACCGCACCGGAGGAGGGGACAACAAUGUUGAGGAGUCAAAAGAAGGCAUCCGCAAGGUGAAGUAUGGGCGGUUCGGCUUCGUGUGGGACGCAGCCGUGCUGGAGUACGUCGCUAACAAUGACGAGGACUGCUCCUUCUACACCGUCAAGAGCAGCGCACCAGACCGUGGCUACGGUAUCGCCAUGCAGCACGGCAGCCCCUACCGGGACAUCUUCUCCCAGAGAAUCUUGGAGCUCCAGCAGAACGGGGACAUGGAUAUACUGAAACUCAAGUGGUGGCCGAAGGACAGCCCAUGUGACCUGUACAGCUCAGUACAGACACGGCAGCACAGCAAUGCCCUGGACAUCCAAAGCUUCGCGGGUGUCUUCUGUGUCCUGGCGGCUGGCGUUGUGCUCUCCUGCCUAAUCGCCAUGGUGGAAAGCUGGUGGUCACGGAGGAAGGGAUCCAGGGUCCCCUCCAAGGAGGACGAUAAGGAGAUCGACUUGGAGCACCUACACCGCCGGGUUAACAGCUUGUGCACCGAGGAUGAGAGCCCCCAUAAGCAAUUCUCCACCUCUUCCGUCGAUUUAACGCCCCUCGACAUGGAUGCGCUGCCAGCUGCGCGACAGGCCCUCGAGCAGAUCAGCGAUUUCCGCAACACCCACAUCACAACCACCACCUUCAUCCCCGAGCAGAUCCAGACCCUCAGCCGCACCCUCUCUGCCAAAGCCGCCGCUGGAUUUUCCUCUGGUUUCAGCAGCGGCGGGGGUGUCCUCCAGGACCACCGGACUGGGGUUGGCCCUUUCAGGCAGAGGGCCCCCAACGGUGGCUUCUUCCGCAGCCCCAUUAAAACAAUGUCCUCCAUCCCCUACCAGCCCACAGGUCCAGGACCCAACUUUGGAUAUGGCAACGAUCCAGACAGGGGCACCUCCAUAUGAGGAGUCGCUAAGAAUGUGGUCGGUUCAGGAGGAGGAGGAGGAGAAGGAAGAGUAAGAGCAGGAGGUGAGGUGGUUAGAGUCAGUCACGGGGUGGUUGAACAAAUACAUCACGGCUAAGGAUAGAGAUCUGUGUACAUAGGAAUCUCUCUGUUUUAUAUGUGAGGAAGACGACGGGGGUGGAGCUCUGCUGGGGCAUCUCCUGAUCCUCCAGCAAACCAAGCUGGUGAGGUGCCAGAGGGGGAAGAGGGAGGGGGAUCUUUGCUUUAUUGAUGUCGUUCUUGUGAUUGUUUAGGGGAUUCUUUUGGGAAAUAAAGGGGUGUGAAAGGGGAUCUUAUUUUUUAUAGUUUUGGUUUUAUGGCAUGAGGACUGCCUCAUGUGAGGGACAUUUGCUGAAAUGACCGGACUCCUAUUACUGUCUGAACCCCAGCUCGGAGGGUUCAGUUUCUACGACUCUAACGCGAGGAAAUACUUCAUAAUGCUUGUGAGCUCUCAGGCUGGCAUUGGUGGAAGACUGGCGCGGGCUUUGGCCAAGAAGCAACCACAACCAAUUAGCAAUUUUGGGGCUGUUAUUUUAUGAAGGUAUAUAUAACCACAGUGUUGUCCGUAGCCCUGGGAGUGCACACAGGAAAACCCUUGUAGUUUUGAAAAGGCCCCAUCUCAGUGAAUAUUGGAAGAAUCCACUUCUCCGGGUUUUCUCUGCCUUUUUGCUAUGUGGGAGUCCAUUCUCGGUUUUCUCGUCUUCUCCGGUGUUGUUCCUCCAACGCCUCGGGUUCUCGACGUGUAAGUAUCUCCAAGACGGUGUCAACACAGUGGCCUGACUAGACCUAAGACUUUACAGCUGAACCCAUGCUGACACAGUGAUGGUGCGUCGCUCUGAGAACUGUUGAAAUGCAGCGCAACAGUACGACACUGUAGAAUCACCAACCUGGUGCAUCGAUCUUAAACUACGUCUGCCAUUUUGGUGCAUCAGCCUGAAACUCUGACCAUUUUGAUGCACAUUAAAGACUCUUUGUCAAUUCCACUGCACUGUACCAGUGCCCACAGACCUGUAAGUGAUUGUAUGUAGAGCUGACCUUUUUCUUUUUCUCACCUUUAAUGUGCUAUCUGCUUUUCGAGACAAGGUGAGAACCUCGAAUCAGACUCUCAGAGGGAUAGUAAAAGGGAUGUUACAAAAAAAACUUCUUAAAGAGAAAAAAAACACACAUAAAAGACGAGCCGAAAGACUUCAAAAAGCGUAUGCUUAUUAUAUGUCUUUUAUUGAAUUUUGUUUUUGAAAAAAAAAAUAGAUUUUAAUGCGUGGAAUGUGUUUUGGUCAGGAAGUACAAAAAAAUAACAUUGUUCUGAGCUGUCUGCUUGUUUUUUUUAUUUUCUUCAGCAAACUUUGAAAAACUGCUAAAUGAGUGAUGUAGUCUCUGGGUUUAUUGCAUAACUGUCAUUCAGACUUUUACUUUUGAUUUCCUUUUUUUUCUUUCUUUUGCUUAAUUAUAGUCUUGCCAUGGCCUUGGUGUUUAAAGAUAAAAAGCUAAUUCUGUAAGGUCAUGUCCUGUUUGAGUUCAUCGAUCACUUCUUAUCAGGUUCGAGUGGGGAAGCAGAGUUGAUUUUGUGUUAAGGAGAAGCCAUUGCAACAGCAUCUUCAGUACAGGCCUUAUAUGUUGACUAUAGCGAGUCAUACCCUCCCAACACCCAAUUUAUCACCAUGUACAUUAAAGAGCAGCGAGUCCGUGGCUGUACUUUCGGGGUCAUGGGAAUGUCACCAACAGUCAAUGGCCAUUGGAACCCUGUGGCUGCCUUUUAUGAGAUGAGUUCAAAAUAUACUUCUAUUUCAUAUCUGUAAUGUUAAGGCGACUGUUUAUAUACCUUGUUUUUUUUUAAGUGCCAAUUAAUUAAACUGAGACCAUUU